CUUCACGUGCUCUUAAAAUCAAGAUGUAGAUUGCGGGCAUCCCUAAAACUUGAAAAGUUGAAGGGUUUUUCUCCCGGAGCAAAACCUUGUAUAUUUAAUUGUGGAGACUUUCUAGUUUGGAUCAAGUCUUUUUUGAUUUCAAGGUGAAGCAUAGAAGAGGCUUCUGCAAGUUUAUUUGCACGUUCACAGAAUUAGAGAAUAGCUAAGCCAUCUGGUGACUGUGGAGAGGAGCAAGACCGCGUCGACCAAUUUAGGCAGUGAUGAACAACUGAGAAAGCACGAUGGCAACAGCUGGCAAGCCUAUUAAAUGCCGUGCUGCUAUAGCUUGGGGAGUAAAUAAGCCAUACACCAUAGAAACUGUUGAAGUGGCGGUUCCAAAAAAAGGCGAAGUAAGAGUGAAGAUGGGAUCGACUGGUAUAUGCCAUUCGGACUUACAUAAUUUAGAAGGAAUCGAUGAGAAAUACCCUUUUCCGAGUGUCUUCGGUCAUGAGGGCGCUGGUGUAAUCGAAAGUGUAGGAGAAGGUGUCACGGACCUUCAGCCAGGAGAUGUCGUCGUUCUGACUUUCGAAAGCCAUUGCGGAGACUGCAAAUAUUGCAAGGAUUCUAAGACUAAUUUAUGUCUGAGGACACCAAGAAAUCAUCUCCAAAUGGAUGGGACAUCUCGUAUUACUUACAAUGGCAAAGUCCUUAGUCAAAUGAAUAGCAUCAGUACUAACUCUGAGUAUACUGUCACCUCGCAGUUUAAUGUUGCCAAGGUAAAUCCAAGAGCAGAUCCUCAUAGUCUUUGUUUAGCCGGAUGCUGCAUCCCAACUGGCUAUGGUGCGGCAAUGAAUGCAGGUCAAGUAUCACCUGGGUCCACCUGCGCAGUCUGGGGUUUGGGAGGAGUUGGAAUGUGUGUUGUCAUGGGAUGCAGGGACAGCAAAGCUGCAAAAAUUAUAGGCAUAGAUACAAAUCCCCAAAAGUUUGCCUUGGCUAAGGAUUUGGGCUGUACCGAUGUCUUAAACCCAAAUGAUGUACCAGAUGUACCAAAGAAACUGGCGGAAAUGACAGAUGGCGGUGUGGAUUUCUGUUUUGUAUCCGUUGGCAUCAUUUCUGUUAUGGAAGAAGCUUUUAAAUCCAGUCAUCCUAACUGGGGAAAAACGGUGAUCAUUGGCUUGUCUAAUAUUGGGGAAACAAUAAGAGCUGGCGUCUGGGAGCUCAUUUAUGGCAGAAAACUUGUUGGAACAUCAUAUGGAUCCUACAAAGCAAAAUUGGCUGUUCCUAAAUUGGUAGAGAAAGUCCUCAGCGGGGAUAUACCUCUGAAUAAACUGAUUACACAUCGUUUGCCUUUGGAUCGCAUUAAUGAUGGAUAUGAAAUGCUAAAAACUGGAGAAUCGUUAAGGGCCAUUGUGGAUUUUGACCUCAAAGCCUAAAAGACUUUCCUGUAUAAAAGUCUUUUAAAUGAAAUUGGAAAUAAGGAUAAAUUACUGUUAUUAUUCUCUGUCUACCACGUUAUUUCAUUGUUUUCAUUAGUCAAAAUAUCAUAAUGUACUUGAAAAAAAAAAUCGAUUAUAUAAAAGUACAAAUAAAUCAUUUGAAAUUUGUACAAAUGUAAUCAUUUUAUUAAAGAUAAAAUUAUUUCACUUUUUUUAUUAAAGUAGAAUAUUUUUUUCAUAUUAGUACAAUAAAUUCUUUCUAAUAUUAA